AUGGGUCCUCAAAGGAGGCUGGGAAUAUAUGUUGGGUAUGAAUCUCCAUCUAUCAUUAAAUAUCUUGAACCCACAACUGGAGAUAUAUUUACGGCACGUUUUGCUGAUUGUCAUUUUGAUGAGACAAGUUUCCCAGCUUUAGGGGGAGGGGAAAAGAAACAGCUGGAAAAACAAAUUACAUGGAAUGCACAAUCAUUAUAUCAAUUUGAUCCUUGUAAAAAUCAAUGUAAACUUGAAGUUCAAAGAAUAAUUCAUUUACAAAAUAUUGCAAAUCAAUUACCAGAUGCAUUCACUAACCCAAAGAAAAUUACAAAAUCACAUAUUUCAGCUGAAAAUGCUCCAGUUCGAAUUGAAGUUCCAAAAGGACAAUUUUCUAAUGAGACUAAAGCACGCUUGGAAUGUGGUAGACCAGUCGGUUCCAAAGAUAAAAAUCCUCGAAAAAGAAAAGGAGUGAAUAAUCAAGGUGGUCCUAAUGAAGAGGCUGAUAAUUUUGAGGAAGGUGUUGACAUAAAGAAAUCUCUUGAAGAGAUUCAGGUGCCUGAAAAUAUUAGAAAUAAUGAGAUCUCAAUAAAUUAUGUUAACUCAAGGAAAGAAUGGGACUGA